AUGAUGGAAUCUUUUGAAAUUUUAAGGUAUUUUGCGUCUUCUACUGGCAAUUUUAAUAGAGCUUCAACAAAGCUUUUACUAUUUAAAUUACUACUUCCCUGCAUGCCAGAACAAAUGUCUAUACAUUCGCUUAUUGAUUUUUCUAAGCCUAUAAGUUUUUCUAUUGAUGUAGAAGCUGCUUCAUUUAUUUGCUUUAUCAACCAUGAUGAUUCUUGAAUAAUUAGUAGUUUAUCAUGCUUUAUUUGACUUUUUAAGCUUUUCAAAAAAUGCGAAAUUAGGCUAUGUGACUGGGAAUUUUGAAUUGAGGCGAUUCUGGCGAAAUAA